AUGUCGGGAUACAUUGAGGUCAGCGACGAAGACAGGAGAUGGGCAGCAUCGUCAUACUCGGAGGAGACCAUCUUCAGAGGCCCAUGCGGACCUGUCUUCAACAUGCUUGACUGGCUGCUGGAUCAGCUGAAGGAGCAGUCGUCCUCAAGGAUCGCCGUCCUCCUGCUGGGGCUCCUGUUUCUCAUCGGUCUGGGGAAUACCAUCAUUGAGGACGAGAGGGUGCCGGUGCUGGUGAAGGGAGGAGAACAGUGUGCGGCGGAGGAGGACCUCCUGGACCAGGAGGGACACCGUUGCCGAGUGGAGGACAAGUUGGCCAUUGGCUUCCUCAGCAUGGAGCGCUGGGUGACAUGCGCUGACUUCACGCGAGGAGGGAAGAUACUGGCUGGCUCGCAAGACGACUCGGGGAAUUUCUGGUAUGACGUCAAAGACAGGCACAAGGUCGCGUUCUUCUACAGGUGCAAGGUGGGUGACAACAACGCUAUCGCGUGGCUGGGGAGCAGGUGGACGGGAAACUUCUGGUCUGAACCUUCUGUGUACAAAUGCCAAGAGACUCCAAGCUCUCGUCCCGGGAUAGAAGCGAUCGAGGCAGGCUCCGAGAACGGAAAGAAGAUGGGGAAGGUGAAGGAGGGAGAAUAUUUUUAUGAUCCCACGAAAGCAGCGGAAGUUCGGAGGUUCUACGGGGGAUGUGCGGGCCCCUGUGCGUGCAACGACAAGUACGACGAGGAGACGAAGAGAUGCUUCAUCACCGAUCAAGCUGUUCGAAUAUUCUUUGACCCCGCACCUAACGCUCCAGGAGACGUGAAGGGAGCAAACCAAGAGACCGUGAACGUGAUGAACGCCUACUGCAAGCAACUUGGAGGAGAAAUUCAGAUGAUCAAGCGGCAGGGCGAACUCUCUGGAGAUUUCUCGAGCAUGUCCUACCUUCCCUCCGUCAAGCAGCAUGUCAUCCGCCUCUAUCGCUCCUGCGCCCGACAUGUUCCCUGCCCGGGCAAAUAA